AUGCAAAAUGAUGUGAUUUCCAUAAUUCAAAAAGGGAGUAAUACAACAGAGGAUACACCUAAGAAUAUAAAUAAGAAAUUAAACCAGAUACUAGGAACACAACAUGAUGAUAUCAAAUUUCUUGAUUUCUGCUCAUUGGCCUUGGAAGCUAAGAUUAACACUAAUUUUUCCAAAAUAUCAAAACAAAUAUUUGGAUUCUCAGAGUCAAAAAACAUUUUAUUUUUGGCCUCACUUUUGGAUUCCUUCAUCAUUCACUUUAAGGAAUUAAUUUGGUUGCCUAGAUGUAAUGCCACUAAUGCAUGGGAAAAGGCUAAAAAUAUUGGAAAAAAAGACAAAUUAAAUGAAUCUGAAAAUAUGGAUCUUUAUUUUAAAUCCCCUCAUCAACAGAUCAAGCAAUUAAAACAGAAUAAACAACAAUUAAAGAAUAAUAAUAUAACAAAUUCAUAG